CAUAGAGCGCAGCAUGAACGCUCCGCAGCAAAAGGAUGUGUGAGCAGGCAGCGCGCUACUGUAGGGACGGAGUCCACAAACUGCUGAACAAAGAACAAGCCAAACUUCGAGCCCAAGAAAGCCGCGAGCAGCCGAAACCCGUAGCCGGUCAGGACAGCGAGUCCGCAACGGCAGCGCAGUCCGGAAACAGCGGCGCCCAGCCCGGUGGAAUCGACGGGCUCGUCCGCUGGAUCGUCACCAAAAUGAGCGACAACAAGAACAUCUCCAGCCGGGAGUACGCCUCCAGUAAGGAGGAAGUGGCCGUGGCUCAGGAGCAGUUCUUCGCUCCGGAACCGCGGAGAGGCAUCUCCGUUAUUUUGGAUAUUUUCAGAAGAGCUGACAAAGAUGAUGACGGGAAGCUGUCUUUGGAUGAGUUCCAAGCAUUCUUCUCAGACGGCACGCUGAAUGAAGAGGAGCUGGAGAAGCUAUUUCACACCAUUGACUCUGAUAACACCAGUAAUGUUGACACUAAGGAACUCUGCGACUACUUUGCUAAGCACAUGGGAGAUUAUGAGGGAGUUCUGGCUUCUCUGGAAACGCUCAACCUUUCCAUCCUCAAAGCCAUGGACUUCACCAAACGGGUGUAUGAGAGGGGAACCAACGUGGAGCAAUUUGUUACCCGUUUCCUGCUGAAGGAGUCAGCCAAUCAGAUCCAGUCUCUCCUGAGCUCUGUGGAGAGUGCCGUGGAUGCCAUUGAUGAGCAGCACAGCCAAUCAGGUCAUCUACCUGCCAAAGUGAGUCCACGGAUGUCAGGGAAGCGCUACGAAAACACUGUCCCUGACUAUCCCCCUAAUAACAGAGUCAGCGCCAGGGAGGCUGUCAGGACCAUCAAUACUGCUUCAGGUGCAGUGGAGGUGAGGAAAGAAGGUCUGGAGGCGCAGAUCAACCGUCUAGCUGAACUCAUAGGACGACUGGAGAAUAAGACGGUCUGGUUUGACCUGCACCAGAGGCUAACAGACACAGAUGGCACCACCAGUGCAUCUUUGCUGCUGAUUCGUCAGGAGAUGGUGGUUUCCCAGAAGCAGCUUGGUGAGUUCUGUGAGGCUCUGAAGCAGUACCUGAAGAACGUCUCCGCUCAGAGAGACUGCUUUCAUGUGACUGCAGUGCGUCUGCCAGAUGGUUUAUCCUUUGUCGUCUAUGAGUUCUGGGAUGGCGAGGAGGAGUGGAAGAGGCACCUCCAGUCGGCUCCCAACAAAGCCUUUCAGCAUGUGAAGGUGGAUACACUGUGCCAGCCGGAGGCUGUGUCCUCUGUAGCCGUGCCAGCCGUCUGGUGCAGCGUGAACAGGGACUGAGCAUGAAGAUAUUCGACUACACGCCAAGACUCCUGACACUCCUCACUUCUUUAACUCCUUCCCCUCCAGCCCUAAAACCUUUUUUUCUCCUCUACGUUUCAACCACCCCAAUCCCCACAACCCCCAAACUCCCUCAACUCUUUUUGUAAGUACAUGUUUACAUAGUGCAAAUGAAUGGUGUCAACUGCGGUGAAAAUUGAACAAACAGUGCAUUUUACAACGUGAGAUUACUAAAAACAUGUUUGCAUCUCAUCAUGGUAGUUUGCUGGAUUUCAAGAUUUUGGAUUACUUCAUGUACAUGUUUCUAAUAGCUUUGAGCCACUGUAAGGUGGAGAUUGUCAUGUAGCAAGGACCCCGAAGGUUGAGUUUUCCAUGUAGCAGCUUUUCAGUAGUCAGUUUGGGAAUGCAGCUGAUCACCACAGAUAGCUCAUCUGUGUAGCUGUCACUUUAUAGUAGCUGCUUAUUAUUCAUCUGUGAACAUAUCGCAGACUUUUGUUUAUUUAUUUAUUUCAUAACUGACCAAAUUACCCUCGCAUCAGCCAUGACAUUAAAAUGAAGACUCGGAAUACCUAGUUGACAGAUUAGUUUGCGUUCUCAGGAAAACAGAGAAGUCUUUAGCUAGCUGUCCUCUCUUAUGGACGUUAUUUACCCAAAGCCAUCUAAAUAUGACAUUUAGCCUAAAACUUUAAUUGGGAAAGUGAACAUUGGCUCUGGAUAAACAAGUGAUUUUAAUAUGAGAGAAGAACCACUGAAGGGUAGAAUAAUGCGGUUAUUUUACAGUACAGUUCCAGCUGUUCACCAGUACAUGAAUAGGAAAGAAACAGAUGUGCUAUCAUAGAGCAGUGGUUCAAGUAGUAACUUUAAAUCCUCACAUAACAAUCAGUAGAUGACCCCAUAGGCCACCUUUUAAAGUUAAUAAUCUUAUAAUGACCAAGUAUAUUUUACCUCCUCCAUAAUUUUCCGAUUUUGUUGCCUUCGUUUGUUCUGUUGCACUCUCUUAAUCUCUUUUACGUUCACUCUGUAUACAAUGGCUGUUCUGAGGGUAAUGUCUCUGAUGGUUUACUGGCAGUUACACGGUACUGUUUCUUUAAAGCACAGCUAAUCCCUGUGAAGAAUGAUGUCGUUUUAACCUGGCACCAGUAGAAGAAGGCCAGCUGAUGUCAGUUCUUCUCAAGGAUUUGCACGUGUAGAUGCUAACACAAAUUCCCACUGCUGUUUUUCGGUGUAGUUUUAUUUUAAUUGAACACUUUGGGGUUAAAGAGUCAAAUCCCUGCGCUUUGACAUCAGGGCCAUUUAAGGGAUCGUUUCUGACGCGACACGUUCGCUACCUUGAGAAAGCAACUGCUUAGAGAGACAAGCAGCACCUCACUGUUCUCCAUGCAAAUAAACUCGGUUUGAUUUUU